UCCCCCCAGUCCCUGUCCCGGUGCGGCGCGGUCCAGCCGAGCGGCCACCAGGAGCCUGUCACCUUCAGCAGGGACGGCCCGGGCGGGACGUGCGCGGCGCCGCCGCCAUGGUGCUCAUCAAGGAAUACCGUGUUAUCCUGCCUGUGUCUGUGGAGGAGUAUCAAGUGGGCCAGCUGUAUUCUGUGGCUGAAGCCAGCAAAAAUGAAACUGGUGGAGGUGAAGGAGUGGAGGUCCUGGUGAAUGAACCCUAUGAAAGAGAUGGAGAGCGUGGGCAGUACACACACAAGAUCUACCACUUACAGAGCAAAGUGCCAACAUUUGUGAGAAUGCUGGCCCCUGAAGGAGCUCUGAAUAUCCAUGAAAAAGCAUGGAAUGCCUAUCCCUACUGCAGAACUGUUAUUACAAAUGAGUAUAUGAAGGAUGACUUCCUGAUCAAAAUUGAAACUUGGCAUAAAUCAGAUCUUGGAACACAAGAGAAUGUCCAUAAACUGGAGCCAGAUGUAUGGAAGAAUGUAGAAGCUAUUUAUAUAGACAUUGCUGAUCGGAGUCAAGUACUUCCCAAGGAUUACAAGGCAGAAGAAGAUCCAGCAAAAUUUAAGUCUGUCAAGACUGGACGUGGACCUCUGGGUCCCAACUGGAAGAAGGAGCUGGGGAAGCAGACAGAUUGUCCAUACAUGUGUGCUUACAAACUGGUAACGGUCAAGUUCAAGUGGUGGGGUCUGCAGAAUAAAGUUGAGAACUUUAUACAGAAGCAAGAAAAGCGUCUCUUCACAAACUUCCAUCGGCAGCUCUUUUGCUGGCUGGAUAAGUGGGUUGAUCUGACUAUGGAGGACAUUCGUAGGAUGGAGGAUGAGACCAAGAGGCAGCUGGAUGAGAUGAGAGAAAAAGAUCCAUUGAAAGGAAUGUCAGCUGCAGAUGACUAAUGUGACUUCUUCCCUGUGCACUUUUGCAAGACAGUCGUCAGGAAGGCCCGGGGAAUCCACACCCUUGACCGACGGACCAUCUCUGGAUCAAGCCUUUCUAUAUCCAAUCGGCAGGCGAUUUUAAAUCUCCCAUAGCUAAUUCUAGGUGCCCCUUAAUAUUGUGAGCAAAUAGACCGUCUGGUACUAAGCACUCCAACGUUAGCACGUGUGCCAGGGAGCCAGCUCCUGGCAGAUGUGUGACUUAGAGACCUCUGUAUUUACAACUCCUCCCUCCUUUGUUGUUAGGCUUUUUUUUUUCAUUGUGUUCAGACCAAUUUCCAUGUG